AUGUAUAUUAUUACAAUCAUUACAAUAACUAUUCUCAUUCCAAAUGUACAAUUAGCUCGACCCACAUUAAAACUAACAUUUAAUCCCGAUGAAAAGUAUAUGUCAUGGCAUGGACAAGUAGAGAUUCAAUGUGAAUUACUUAAUCCAACUAGAGCUGAAGAUUCAGCACAAUUAUGGCAUCUUGAUUUAAAAAAUGGUAAACGUACACCAAUAUCACGUACAUUAUUAGCAUCACCAUCUGAUGAUGCAGCUGAAAUAUUUAAAAAUAAUAAAAAUAGACGUUAUGAAUAUGUACGAAAAAAUUAUAUACGUAUACGAAGUUUACAAAUGGAAGAUUCAGCUAAAUAUGAAUGUAAUUGUCCUGAUUGUGAAGAACAACUAAAAGGAGUAACAAAAGAUUUAUAUGUCAUGAAACUAAGUGAAGCAACAUGGAAUUUUGACCAAGGUUGGCCAUUACAUGAAAAUACUAAAACAAUAAUAAAAUGUCAAUCAAAUGGUUUUUAUCCAUAUAUUGGACAUAAAAUUCUUCGUGAUAAUAAAGAAAUGACAAAUGAUGGAAAAAGUUCAUUAUCAAAUACGAAUCCAUUUCCACAGAAUUUUCUUUGGGAAGCAACUAUAACACCAACUGCUGAAUGGCAUAAUACAACAUUACUUUGUAGUAUUACUCAAGGUAAUCAAGAACAGACUGUAAGUAAAACGUUAGAUGUUUUAUUUACUCCACAUUUUCUAACAUGUGCUGAACGACAAUAUGUUGAUCCAAGAAAAGAUCAAUCAAGUAUUGAAUGUUCUUAUCGUGGUAAUCCUCAACCGAAAUUAACAUGGCUUCGUCAAUCAGAUCAAAAAUUACUUACAUCUGAUAAUGGUAUUACAAUUGAUAUAAAAGAUGAACAAAAAGGAAAAUAUCGAAGUAUUGUUACAUUUGAUCGUGCGAAAUUAAUAACUAUUCCAUUAUUACCAACAAAUAAGACAUCGGAAGAAAACUAUUAUCAACAAUUACUUAAUAAUGGUUUUAUUGUCAAAUUAACGGUUAAUAAUAAUGAUAAAGGAACACGACUUAUUAAUAUUGUUCGUGAUGCAAGUCAAAUUCAAGCGAAAUUUAUUAAUAGUUCAACAACAAUUUCAUUAUCAACAAUCUCAUUAGCAUUUUUAUUAAUUCUACAUAUCAUUUAUCGUUGA